AUGAUGCUUAAUUUAAAGGAUAAAGAUUUAGUUGAGCCUACUUCUGUUUCUUUAAAUAAUAGCAUUUAUAGUUUUAUUAUUGUAAUUUUUUUUGCAUAUAUAAUUAAUUCAUUAACUAAUUACUCAUUUAAUUUACAAAACUUUAUUGCUUUAGAUUAUUUAUCCGCAGGUUCAUUCCAUCUGAAUAGCAAUGUUUUAUAUGAUCUUUAUUUUUCAAGCGAAGUUAAUCUUAGCAACGGGGACGAAGCAGCGGUAAUUUAUUCUAAUUUAGUUAAUAAUUUAAGUUCAGCUAUGAACUCUAUUAAUAAUUGA